AUGCCUCCGAAGCGGGUCCUGGUCAUUGCUGGGUCGGACAGUUCUGGUGGCGCUGGCCUGGAGGCUGACCAGAGGGUCCUUGCGGCCCAUGGCUGCUAUGCGCUCACAGCCACGACGGGACUGACUGCACAAAACACACUGGGCGUGCAAGACAUCUUUGUUGUACCCUCGGAGUUUGUGAGGAAGCAGAUCAAGGCUGGUCUGGAAGAUGUCGGUGCCGAUGUUGUGAAACUAGGCAUGCUCUCAUCUGCGGAGACCAUUGAUGUCAUUGCAGAAACCCUUCCAAUUUAUCACGUCCCCUUUGUCGUUCUGGAUCCGGUCAUGGUAUCGACGAGCGGAUCCAAACUGCUGCCAGAGAAGGCAGUCAAGGAACUCCGAACAAAACUGCUUCCCAUCACCACUAUCCUAACCCCGAACAUACCCGAAGCUCAACUCCUACUGAAAGACGCCGGAGCAGAUGCUCCCGAACCCGAGAACCUUGAAGGGCUGGUUUUGCUCGCGAAGAAAGUAUGCUCCCUCGGUCCAAAGGCUGUCCUGCUCAAGGGUGGCCAUCUUGCUCUCACGAAAGAGUACAAAAAGGCUCAAAGCCCACAAGAAGCGACGAUUGUCGUAGAUGUCCUCUUUGACGGAGAGAACGUCACUUUGCUCGAGACAGAGUACUUGGUCUCAAAGAAUACCCAUGGAACAGGCUGCUCGCUUGCUUCUGCUAUCGCCGCGAAUUUGGCACAAGGGAAGGACAUGGCAAGAGCCGUUCGCAGUGCCGUGCGGUUUGUUGAGGCUGGUAUCAAGACCAGCACUGACUUGGGCAGUGGAAGUGGUCCAAUUAACCAUUUUCAUUCCGUCUAUACCAUGCCCUUUGCGCCUGGAGGAUUCCUUGAAUACAUUUUGGAUCGUCCGGAUGUCAAGCCGGUGUGGGAGAGAUUCACGUAUCAUGACUUUGUGGAUGGCAUGGGCCAGGGCUCGCUUCCGAUUGAACGGUUCAAAGAAUAUCUCGUGCAAGACUAUCUCUACCUGGUCCAAUUUGCGCGGAGCAACGCAUUGGCAGCUUACAAAGCGAAGAGCAUGGAGUCAAUAUCUGCUUCCGCCCGAAUCGUGCUCCAUAUCGAACGGGAGAUGGCCUUACAUCUAGAGUACUGUGCUUCUUUCGGCCUCACAAAGCAGGAGAUGGAAAAUCACCCCGAAAGAAUCGCAUGCACUGCGUACAGCAGAUACAUUCUGGACGUCGGACAAUCCGACGACUGGCUCGCACUGCAGAUGGCUCUCGCACCAUGCCUGAUCGGUUAUAGCACUAUUGCACGCCGGCUCCACGGCGAAGAAAAGACCCUACGCCAGGGUAACCAGUACUGGAAAUGGAUUGAGAACUACGUCGCGGAGGACUAUACGCAAGCCGUACAAUUGGGGUCAGCGUUGUUGGAGGAGCACAUGUCCAAAGUGUCGCCUAGCCGGAUGGAGGAGCUGAUUCAGAUCUUUGUGCGAGCGACUGAGCUGGAGAUCAGCUUCUGGGAUAUGGGACUGGGCAAAGAAUAA